AUGUCCUCCCCGCUGUUGGCCGAGGCCACGCGCAUUGCGCGCGAGUUCGAUUACCCCGCCGCUCAGGUCCAGCGCGGGGUUGCUGAAUACAUCCGUCAGUCCAACGAGGGUUUGGCACAGGAAAACACCACUUUGAGCCAGAUCCCAACGUUCGUGACCGCGGUGCCCAAUGGCACGGAGAAGGGUCUGUACCUGGCUGUUGAUCUGGGUGGCACCAACUUCCGUGUUUGCUCCGUUCAGCUGCACGGCGAUACCACCUUCUCCCUCACCCAGUCCAAGAUCAUGAUUCCCCGGGAACUCAUGGCCUCCGGAACCUCCAAGGACCUUUUUACUUUCCUCGCUCGCCAGAUCGAGGCUUUCUUGCGCAUCCACCACAAUGAGCACUUUGAGGCUCACCAGCGUCGGAAACGGGAGGGCAAGGGUGUGGAGGAGCUGUUCGAUCUCGGUUUCACAUUCAGUUUCCCCGUGCGUCAGGAUGGUAUCAACUCCGGUACUCUGAUCCGGUGGACCAAGGGCUUCAACAUUCCCGAUGCGGUUGGUCACGAUGUGUGCGCGCUGCUUCAGUCUGCCAUUGACGACCUUGAGCUGCCCGUUCGCGUGGCCGCCCUGGUCAACGACACCGUUGGUACUCUGAUGGCUCGCUCUUACACCUCUCCCGGUGAGACCGGUACUCUUCUCGGUGCUAUCUUCGGUACAGGAACCAACGGCGCAUACGUUGAGAAGAUCGAUAAGAUCACCAAGCUGCAGCACAUGAAGAACGCACACUUCGAUACCCAGACUGGCGAGAUGAUCAUCAACGCUGAGUGGGGUAGCUUUGACAACCAAUUAAGCGUGUUGCCCAGCACCGUCUAUGACCGUGAAUUGGAUGCGGAUAGCAACAACCCUGGAAUCCAGAUGUUCGAGAAGCGAGUCUCUGGAAUGUUCCUGGGUGAGAUCCUGCGUCGGGCUUUAGUGGCUCUGCACAAAGACUCCAAAGUCGGUCUUUUCUCUGGUGCCUCGAUUACUUCCGAUGGCCUUCUCUACCGCCAGUGGGGUCUUGACACCAGCUUGCUCAGUGCGGUCGAGGCCGAUGCAACCCCUCAGAUGACCGAUAUCAAGGCUGCUCUCAAGGACCACCUGAACAUCGAGAACGCCAGUAAUGAGGACUGUCAAGCAGUCAAGAUCCUGACCCACGCUAUUGGCAAGCGCGCCGCUCGUCUCAGCGCCAUUCCCCUUGCGGCCAUCCUUAUCCACACUGGCAAGCUCCAGACAGAUGACAUGGUUGACGUUGGCGUUGAUGGCAGUGUCGUCGAGUUCUACCCCAACUUCGAGGGCCACCUGCGCGAUGCUCUCCGGGAAGUUACCGAGGUUGGCGCUGCCGGCGAGAAGAAGGUCCGCAUUGGAAUUUCCAAGGAUGGCAGCGGUGUUGGUGCUGCCCUGAUCGCCUUGGUCGCUAGCAAGGAUGAGACCUUGCAGAACCCCCACGAAUAA